AUGGUUACCACGCACCAAGAAGUCGAAGAAACUUUGACCUUCGGCAAGAAUUAUGCCGUUCUCAACUUGGACUUGAUGACAGUACUCAUAAACGCCGUAAAGGAUACAACCAACGGACGGGAAUUCAUUUCUAAUUGUUCUCGCUGGAAUGAUGCUGUGCACAAGAAGGAAUCCCGACCUCUAACCAUUUUCACCACUCUCUUCUUCAACUCUGGCGAACCCGAGCUAGCAAAAACCGCUCCUUUCGGCAAACUUCUUGAGGGCUUCGGCUCUUUCGCCGCAAAAUCCGAUGCGGUGCAAAUAGCGCCUAACUUCACCACCGACGAAAAAGAUAUCGUGCUCCAGAAGACGAGAUGGUAUGCCGGUGCGGGCAACAGCCUUGAGCAAAUCUUAAGGGCGCAGAAUAUCGAUACGGUCAUCUUGUCCGGAUUGAGUCUAUCUGGCGUCGUUAUGAGUACUGUAUAUCGACUUUUCGACUUCGACUAUAAUAUUUUCGUCAUCUCGGAUAAUGUGUUGGAAUUGCCGCCUAGCCAGCAUCCGGAAUAUGCACGAGUGAUGUUGGAUUCCCUUUUAGCGAAAAUGAAUUUGAGGGUAAUUUCCAUAGAAGAUGCAUUGAAGGCACUAGAGAAGUCCUAG